UCUCUGGAUCUGCUUUCCCCCCAAACACCCCUUUUUUAGUGACAGGGAGGUAUUUGUCUCUUCCUUCCUAUUGCCCUCAAAGAGUCUCCCUUUCUCCUUUCCUCCUAAUGACACCUGGCAGAAUCUAGCAGAAUUUGAACUUCUGUAAAAGAAAAGCUGCUCUGGACUUCCCGACCUUGGGCAGUAGCUGGCAACUGUCAUCACUCCAUGCGGUCAUGUCUUUGUCUACGGCGCAGCUGCUGAGGGGCGUGACAGGUCUCACCCGGAGGCUCCCAGUGCAGCGUGCCCAGAUCCAUUUCAAGCCUCCGCGGGAGGAGCUCAGGACCAUGGAUGUUGCCGUUGGGCUCACCUCCUGCUUCCUGUGUUUCCUCCUGCCAUCGGGCUGGGUCCUAUCGCAUCUGGAGAGCUACAAGAAGUGGGAGUGAAGGGGGCUGUCCUGUCCCUCACCCUGUGACCUGACCACCCCUGGCCUCUCCUGAUCAUGUCUGCUGCAUCCCUGGCUGAUCUUCUCAGGAUCAUGUCCUUCAAUUACAAUGACCUCUUCUGCAGUCAUGACCUCUCCAUUUCUCCAUGGUGACAUCCUGGGACCACAUAUAUUGGUUUAUAAGGCCCUACUUGGUAGGGCCCUCCUUGUAACAAUAAAGUCUAU